CAAAACCAAAUAAAAUUUCAAAUUCCAUCAUUAAAAAAAUAAUAUAUUUUGCCUGUACAACUUCUUGGAUAUUCAACCUUUUUUAUCCGAAUUUCGGUGUAGUAUCUCAUUUUCAAACAGUGGGUGUGAAAUCUUUGUAUCAGAUAGCUAAAUUGAGAUCCGUUUGAAGGAAGAAGGAUGGCCCGUACAAAGCAGACAGCGCGUAAGUCCACAGGGGGUAAGGCUCCCAGGAAGCAACUCGCCACUAAGGCCGCUCGUAAAUCUGCACCUACAACAGGAGGUGUGAAAAAGCCACACCGAUAUCGUCCUGGAACUGUCGCUCUGCGUGAAAUUCGUAAGUACCAGAAGAGUACCGAGCUUCUGAUCCGCAAACUGCCUUUUCAGAGACUGGUUAGGGAAAUUGCGCAGGAUUUUAAGACCGAUCUUCGAUUCCAGAGCCAUGCUGUUUUGGCAUUGCAAGAGGCUGCAGAAGCAUAUCUGGUAGGGCUUUUUGAGGACACCAAUUUGUGUGCCAUCCACGCCAAGAGAGUCACCAUCAUGCCUAAGGAUAUCCAGCUCGCGAGGAGGAUUCGUGGAGAAAGAGCAUAGAGCUCUAAUUGGCUUUGCAUUUUCUUGGAUUCAAUUGGUCAAAAAAUUUAAUCUUUUAACUGGAUUGCAUGUGUAAUAUGAUGUAAAUGGUGGGUACCGGGAAUGUUACUAAUUUUAUUGUUUCAGAAGUCGUUGCUAUAGGUCUUUUAUGUAAGAUUGCAAAACAAUUGCUAAUAUGUAAAGGUUAAACUUAUGAAAGAUCAAAACCUAAUGAUUGUUUUUUGUUUAAGCACAUAAUCUCCUCGUUCUGAUUGUUACAGUGAUUUCUCAUGAACUAAUUAAUGAAUUUGUUCUGCAUA